CUCUCCUUAAACGAUUAACACACUUCCUGUGAGGGCAUAACACAUCAACAGACCUGCCCAUGCAGCAUUCCUCCCUGCCUGCCUGCCUGCCUCCGUGUCAUGAAUUACGUUCUGCCCUGGGCUGUUGAGGGUGCUCUGGGCCAUCUGUGUGCGACCGAAGCGACGCGUCGACUCUUAACAUAUAUCUCCUUCGUGUUCAUGUAGGUUAUCUAUUUUGUGAAACACUCCGAGGUUGCCUGACGUGUCGGAGGAAUCGGAAAGUGGAGUGCUCCUUCAGUGGUCACUAUCAGGGCAAGGUGGAGGCAUCUGUAGCAACAGUGUACGUCACAUCAUCAAGCUGCUCAUAACCCUUCAAAAUGAGUGGCAGUGCCGGUAAGCGCACCCGCCGGGGCAGGGCUGAGGCCCCCACAGACUCUGACGGAGGCUCCAGCAGUGACUCGGGCUCCGGUGCCCCGGCUGGGGUGUCUGUGCUGAACCGAAUGUUGGACCUGCCAGCUGGGCACCUCUCGCGUCAACAGCUGAAGCGCUUGGAGGGGCACCGCUACAGCAGCGCAGGCCACUCCCUGUUGGAGCCCAGCAUGCAGCCAUACUGGGAGGGCCUGGUGGCCCGUGUGCCCACAUGGAUCGCCCCCAACCUCAUCACCAUUGUGGGCCUUGCCACCAACAUCCUUACCACCUUGGUACUGGUCUACUACUGCCCCACUGCCUCUGAGCAGGCUCCCACGUGGGUGUACUUUGCCUGUGCUGUGGGUCUCUUCAUUUACCAGUCUCUGGACGCCAUCGACGGGAAGCAGGCGAGGCGCACCAACAGCAGCACGCCACUGGGGGAGCUUUUCGACCACGGCUGUGACUCGCUCUCCACCGUGUUUGUGGUGUUGGGCACGUGCAUUGCCGUGCAGCUAGGCACCCAUCCCGGGUGGAUGUUCUUCUGCUGUUUCGCGGGCAUGUUCAUGUUUUACUGCGCCCACUGGCAGACCUACGUCUCCGGCACACUGCGCUUUGGCAUUAUUGAUGUGACUGAAGUUCAGAUCUUCAUAAUAGUCAUGUAUCUGCUUGGCGCCGUGGGAGGAACCGCUUUCUGGCAGUCUCCGCUCCCGGUAGUUCAGAUGCCCAUUAAGAUAAUCCCUGCCAUACUUACAGUUCUGGGGGCCAUCUUCUCCUGUACCAACUACUUUCGGGUUAUUUUUGGAGGGGGUGUGGGCAAGAAUGGCUCCACAAUCGCAGGAACCAGUGUGUUGUCUCCAGGCUUCCACAUAGGAACAGUGAUCACACUGGCGUCCCUCAUCUACUACAAGUCCUCUGGACAGCUCUUUCAGAAGCACCCCUGUCUGUUCAUUCUGGCCUUUGGCUUUGUGUCUGCCAAGAUCACCAACAAAUUAGUGGUUGCCCACAUGACCAAGAGUGAGAUGCGGCUGUAUGACCUGGCCUUCCUAGGCCCCGUGCUGCUGUGCCUCAACCAGUGUGUGACUAGUGUGGUGGACCAGUACGUCAUGCUGUGGAUCACCAUACUCCUGUCAGCUGUGGAUCUGGUGCGGUACUGUGUCAGUGUCUGCAACCAGAUCGCCACCCACCUGAACAUCUGCGUCUUUCGCAUCACGACUACUCGCAGUGGCCAGCAGAACCACCACUAGCCGGCGCUCACGGUCCCGCCCCCUUCUGGCCCUCGUCUUUCAAGGAACGUAUGAGCAGCCAAUCAAAUUCCAAACUCAAGAGGCACACAAGGCGUGCCCGAGGUUAUCCUUAGUCACUCAACUCAACUCCGCCCACCAGCAGCAGGGAUUGGCUGUGACCCUUUUUUCUUUGUUUUGGGACAACUCAAAUCUCGUAGAUGGUUAUAAGAUCAUGGAACACAUUUAACAGUGUCCAGACUGGGUCAUGUCUGUAGUGGAACUGUGGCCACUAUGGCGAUGCGAUGUCGACUGUAGCUUCAUAGUUGUCAUGACAACAUGCUUACCUCUAGUCCCCACAGUUGUCACGACUACCACCCCCAACUAACUAUACUUAAUUUAUGCUAAACGGUCAACCACCAUUCUAAGCGUAUUAUUAUUAUUGUAGUUCUCUUUUACAGUCACUCUUCUAAAUGUAGCCAUGAUGGCUUCUCCACCAUGUUAUGUGCUCUCCUGCUGAUGGCCAAGCCAUCUCCUGCUGAUGGCCAAGCCGCUGGUGCUUAGUCAGCUGUAGCUACAGGAUUUCCUCCCAGGUCACAGUGAAGAGCAAUUCACCCUGUGGCCUGCAGAGGGAGACAAAAAAGCAGCCAGUUUAAUUGGCGAUGAAGCAAGAGCAGCCGAUAUCAUCCACACACCACCCACAAUGUUUUUUUAAGCAGUGUUUCGUUGUUACAUGUGCUGCUAUUUGAAUACCAGACAAAAGGAGCCCAUGGACUGAAAUGAAUGUGUUUCGUUGAUCUCUGUGUCUGUGGUCAGGGAAUUAUGAGGGAAAGGCUUCUAUGGAGCUGCCAAGAACGCCAAGCAAAAGGACAUUUUAAGAUUCUGUCACUGUGAAGUCCAGUUUAAUUUCACCAUAAGAAUGUCUUACCUACUUAAAAAGAUCCAUGUAUUGUAAUUCUUUUAUUUUCACAAAUAGUAUCUACGUAAAAGGUAAAAUCCCAUGGUAUUGGUGUAAGGGUGUAUGUUUAUAGGAUUUUAUAUGGUGUGUUGGACAAGGGAAAGUGUUCUUGAAGCUGCUGUCUCUAUUAACUCCAUAUUAAGUGACAAAUGCUCACAUUACCCCCCACUCCCGCACACACACACACACACUUAGACACACUCCUCUUUGCAUUCCACUGCACACACACACUUAACUUCUGAUCAUUCCUUUGCUCACAUUAUUAGUUUUUAUAUAUAUAAAACACAUACAUACACAUACAUACACACACACACGCGCACAAACACACGCAUGCACUGCACAUUUUACAUUCCACCGUUACAUGUUGGUCGUAAACACAAACAAAAGCAAUCGCACACAGACUUGCAAGGCUUAUUGUGUCCUUAGGGGGCACUGGGCAUAAUGAACUAAUUCCCUUCUGUAGGAAUUACACAUGCUAUUGUUUAGCCCACCAAAAACAAAUGGAGGAAAGAACUGUUUACUCACUCAUGAUUAGUUGUCGGCUUUUAAUUGAGUUGCGUUUUUCUGUUGUGCCUUUGAGCUGUUGCUCUGUAACCCAUAGCUCUCCUGAAUGGCGGUGCGCCUGUGUUUUUUUCAAGCUGCACGCUAAGAGUCUUACGAUGAGUCUUCCAGGAGAAUUUGUAUGCAGGUUUGGCUUAAUAGAUCAUGCGUGAGUGAGUUUGUUGACACACACACACACACACACACACUCUAAAGGCAUAGGUAUACACGCUCCCUAGAACCAUUGCUCCUCUACAUGCAAACACGCUUCCUCUACCUCUAAUUUCUUACCUGUUUCUGUUGCAAUUGCUUUUUUUCCCCUCUUUCCAUUUUGUUGAGGUUUGGUUUUAAUACUGUUAAAGUUUGGAUGUGCUCGGUUCCUGAUAGGUACUCAUAAUGUCAACGAUUCACACUCCUUCCAAUACUCCUCACGUUGAGUGUGAAAGCUUCUCACUCAUAGUGUUACUCCUCACCGCACGCCUCACUACUUUUCACCUCACACUCCAGAGGAUCCCACCUUAGUAUCCUACUUCACCUUUUUGUAAGCGGUUCUUAUGUGUUCUUGUGGGACUUGUCAAGAUGUCCCACAGGGCUUUGUUACAGCUGUAGGAAUGUUUCCCUUCAGUCACAGGUCUGAAGUUCUCCAAGACCGAGAGUGUCUUUGGUCGGACCACACGGCUGUGUUGUUUUACCUCAGUUAACCCCCCUGAGUCUUUAUUACAGAUCCAAAUGUUGUGUAGGAUUCGAUGACCAGUUACAAUGUAUUCUUGCCAGUAGUCACCCAGCAGCACUCAGUGUGAUAUUAAAGGGAAGUAAGUUCUCGGUUAUUGGCUUAUUUGGUGUAGUCAACCACAGGGGAAAUUUCUUGGCUCUUCAUUUUAAAGGGAUUUUGUCUAGUGUUGUGGAAAUCAGAUGCUCAAACAAAUUAGGGUUAAAUUGCUUAGCGAACACACACACACACACACAUUAAUGUUUUUACCACCCUCUACUGAUUGACCACAUUCUCUGUCUUUGAUUGCGCUUGUAUCUGAUUUCUAAAAGGUUAAUUUAGAUAGGAAAGUGUUUUUAAUGUUGCAUUAUUGAGUUUCUGUGAAAAUAUCUUUUUAAAAUGAAAUGCCAAUGUGAAAUAAACUUUGCUAUAUUUAUGCUAACAGA